GGAGGCGUGAAGACUUGUUCGAGUGCUCUUUCGACGCGGCCAUCCUCAUAGACGCGGAAAAGGGGGAAGAAAUCGUGAACCACUUUGGUUGAGCUAGGAGAAGCCAUGGCUGAGUGGAAGAGGUUGACGGGUGGAGCAAUAAUGGUGAUAUUGGUCCAAUGGUGCUAUCCUUUUGUUUCUUAUGUGUGGUCUUCAACAUGCCAGGAUUGCCAGAGUUACUACGAUGCCCACACGCUCCUUUCCUGUGUUCACAUUCCUUGCGGAAGGACCGGAAGCCAUCUAGCUUCUUCUUCCUCGCCAAUAAUUUUCAAAGUUUAGAGGUUAUAUACAUUAUACUAAAAGGCGUGAACAAGACUAUGCAAGUAUUUGAACGAUGGAACUUCAGAAAGCGAUUAGUCCUAGAACGUCAAACAGAAAGCAGAGAACAAAAAUUCAAGGGCAGAUGGACAGAUUUUGAGCACACUAUAUGCGCAUACUCAAUUUUGCGAAGAUCAAUGGACCAUAGACUUGCGGAACUGAAGGAUGAGACAAAGCAGAUGCUUUCAAUGGCACACACAUCAUGACAAAAAGAUUGAAUGAAGGACUACAUGUAGCAUAUUUAUGACACUUUUAUCUUUUGUAAAAAGAAGUGUUUGAAAAGUUGUUAACUAACCAUUACUAGUACUACUGGGUAUAUGUUUUUAAUGUAUCAUCUUUAUAGUUUUAAUAUAGUUUUGCUUUUCUAUAAUUCUCAUUGGACAAUACAUUAUGUGCAUAUCAUUCUAUUAAUUCAGUACUCAUA